AUGGUCCGUUCCAUCCCACAACACGACGUUUACACAUGCGGAGAAAAUUCCUAUGGACAGUUAUUUAGCUCAUCCAAUAGCCAUGCGAUUCCGAGCAGAGAAUUUGUUCUCAAUCAUGGUCUCAAAGAAACUCUAAAAGAUCAAAAAUUUAUUACACUCAUUGAUGCAGGUGAUGAUUUUACAGCCUUUGUGACUCAUGACAAUUGUUUGUAUAUGAGUGGAUUCAAUGUGGAUAAUUUAUUUGGUCUUCCCGUUACAGAAGAUCACAUGAGACUCCAUAAUCAUAGAUAUAAUAAUAAUUAUUAUUAUACCAAUAAUUUUUCGACUUCAACUUUUAUUGUAGAUUCUCCUACGCAAGUUCCAGUCAAGUAUUUCAAGAAUGAGGAAAUUACCCAUUUAUCAUGUGGAUCGAAUCAUGUUUGUGUAGUCACCAAUAGAGAAAAUAUUUAUACAUUUGGAUUAAUUCAAUCAGAGACCAAAUGUGUGAAAUUGAGUCAUGACAAACAUUUUGAUAGCACUUAUUUGAAAAAUUUGAAAGAUCAGAGAAAUUUAGUGACCUUGAUUGGAUCAGGAUUGAAUUACACAAUCAUGGUUGUGAACUCAACUGAUAUUUAUAUCAUGACACGAAAACAUCUUGCAGAAAAUCAACAUCCUUAUUAUUAUUUUUCUGGACAGGCAGCUUCACAACAAGAUACAUUUCCAUAUGAGAAAGGCAAGUUCACCUAUUUGAAUACCAAAUGUAAAGCAUUGGAAGGAACGAAUAUUCGAUAUUUGGCAUGUGGAAGAUCUCAUUUUGUGGUUGUGAAUGAUCAAAAUGAAAUUUAUGGUUUGGGAUCUAACGCUGAAGGUCAAUUAGCUCAAAAAAUUGGUACCGAUAAGUUUCAUGAAAAAUUCUGUAAGAUUUCCAUGCCAACACAAGAUAUCAUUACGGGAGUAGAAUGUGGUUACUUGUACACGAUCGUUAUUACAGGAUCAAGAAUUUAUGCUGUUGGAGAUAAUCAAUAUGGGUACACAAUUGGUGAUGGACAAUUGGGAAUAAGAGCACCUUGUCACGAAGGGUAUGGAAUGUCUGUUUACAAUCAAAGUCAACAAACCGUUGUGAGACAAUUUGUUCUUCUUGACUACAAAUUUGAUAAGAAGAUUUCACAUGUUUUAUGUGGUCGUGGUACUUCGAUUAUUGUCACCCAAACAGGAUUUAACGAGAUGCAAUUCAAACAAAAAUUAUUGCUUGUUCAGUCUCACUACUGCAAAUUUACAGACAUCUCAAUCAUCCCCAAUGAAAAGUCCUUAAGAUAG